AUGGAUCCAGUGAAUGUCACAAGAGUUACAGGAUUUCUUCUUUUGGGACUUUCAGAGGAACCCAAAUUGCAGCCCCACAUAUUUGGGCUUUUCUUCUCCAUGUACCUCACCACUGUGUUGGGAAACCUGCUUCUCAUUGUGGCCGUCAGCUCAGACUCCCGCCUCCACACACCCAUGUACUUCUUCCUCUCCAACCUGUCGUUUGUAGACAUCUGUUUCACCUCCACCAUCAUCCCCAAGAUGCUGCAGAACAUCCAGACACAGAGCAAAGUCAUAACCUAUGACGGCUGCAUCACCCAGAUGUAUUUUUUCAUACUCUUUACAGGGUUGGAUGACUUCCUCCUGACCGUGAUGGCCUAUGACCGCUUUGUGGCCAUCUGCCACCCGCUGCACUACACGGUCAUCAUGAACCCCCGGCUGUGUGGGCUGCUGGUUCUCGUCUCCUGGAUCAUCGGUCACCUGCACUCUUUGGUACAAAGCUUAAUGGUAUUGCGGUUGUCUUUUUGCACGGACUUGGAAAUUCCUCAUUUUUUCUGUGAACUCAAGCAGGUAGUCCAACUUGCCUGUUCUGACACCUUUCUAAAUAACCUGGUGAUGUAUUGUGCAGCUGUGCUCCUGGCUGGGGGGCCCCUUACUGGAAUCCUAUAUUCUUAUUCUAAGAUAGUUUCCUCCAUACGAAAAAUCUCAUCAGCUAAAGGGAAGUAUAAAGCAUUUUCCACUUGUGCUUCUCACCUCUCAGUUGUCUCCUUAUUUUAUUGUACACUCCUAGGAGUGUACCUUAUCUCUGCUGCUUCCCAAAAUGCAUACUCGAGUGCAAUACCCUCAGUGAUGUACACCGUGGUCACACCCAUGCUGAACCCCUUCAUCUAUAGUCUGAGGAACAAAGACAUAAAGGGGGCUCUGAAAAGACUCUUUGGAAAAGCACCUUAA